AUGAAAGCCAACCAAACAGGGUACUUUGUGUUGGAUCCAGAGCUGGGACAGCUGCAGUACUUUGUACAUGAACAUGGCAAGAGCCAGAAGCCCAGGGGCUCUCUGCCUCUGAUCGGUGCAUCGGUUGUCCAGAGUGAUGAGGCACCACACAUGUUCAUCGUCAACUCAUUCAAUGGCGAGCUUUACAAGCUCAGAGCAUCCGACGCCAAAGAGCAGCGGUUCUGGAUGAACCAACUCCAAGCGUGCGCCAGACGCCACUCCGACAGCAGUGCCAAGGUGUCAGGGUUGGAGGCCGUCAGCCCCAGUGAGGAGGUGACUGACAUGGAGGACAAUGACGAGGAGGACCUGGGCGUGUUGGACGACCAGCGGAGCAUCAUCCUGCACCUCCUCUCCCAGCUCAAACUGGGCAUGGACCUCACCCGGGUGGUGCUGCCCACAUUCAUCCUGGAGAAGCGCUCCCUGCUGGAGAUGUACGCUAACUUCAUGGCCCACCCGGACAUGUUCCUGUCCAUCACGGCUGGAGCCACGGCGGAGGACCGCAUUGUACGCUUCGUCGAGUACUACCUUACCGCCUUCCAUGAGGGACGCAAAGGAGCUGUGGCCAAGAAGCCCUACAACCCGGCGCUGGGCGAGACAUUCCACUGUUCCUGGGAGGUUCCUCGGGACAGAGUGAGGCCCCUCAGGUCUCAGGGCCCCAGGGAACCAGCCUCCAGGGGCCCCAACAACACCCAACAACAGGACGAUCCAUCGGGGACUGAGUGUUACCGGGUUCGCUUCGUGGCUGAGCAGGUGUCCCACCACCCGCCCGUCUCAGGAUUCUACUGCGAGUGCCCAGAGAGGAGUAUGUGUGUCAACACCCAUGUGUGGACAAGAAGCAAGUUCAUGGGCAUGUCCAUUGGUGUGUCCAUGAUAGGGGAAGGGACCUUGUGCCUCCUGGAGCAUGACGAGGAGUAUGUCUUCACGCUGCCCUGUGCCUACGCCCGCUCCAUCCUCACCGUGCCAUGGGUGGAGCUGGGUGGCAAAGUCACCAUCAACUGUGCCAAGAGCGGCUACUCGGCCACAGUCACAUUCCACACCAAGCCUUUCUAUGGAGGGAAGGUACACAGGGUGACUGCAGAGGUCAAACACAAUCCGACCAACACUAUUGUGUGCAAGGCCCAGGGGGAGUGGAACGGAACCCUGGAGUUCACCUAUAGUAGUGGGGAGACCAAAGUGAUUGACACAACCAAACUGCCAAUCAUCAAGAAGAAGCUCCGGCCUGUGGAAAAGCAGGGACGGAAUGAAUCCAGGCGGUUAUGGCAGCAUGUCACCAAGUCACUGAAGGAGGGGAACAUUGACGAGGCCACAGAACACAAGCAUCGUCUAGAGGAGCGCCAGCGAGGGGAGGAGAGGCAGAGAGCUGCAGAUAACUCGCCCUGGACACCCAAAUAUUUCAGCAGAAAGGGAGAAGGCUGGAUCUACCACAAAAGUCUGUGGAAAUCUCACGGACACAAGAACCAGACUGCUCUAAUGGACACUAACAGAGUGCCUCUAUCCCCCUAA